UUCACCGUGUGCUGACGGUCUAUUUUGCACGUAUUGAAAGAGAGUGAAUAUGGGUUGUGACUUCCUUUGGCGGUCGCGACCCUGCAAAGCUGGCUGAGAUUUGGCACUUGGGUUCAACCUCAAAACACAGACGAAUACAACAUGUGAAUGAAUAGGAUUUAUUAUUGCCUCACUUUAGUACUUCAUUGCUGCUACCCUUUCCUCACAUCCGUUACCCAACCCCGAUCUUCGCCUCUUCUCCUUCCAUUUAGGACCGGAUUUCCAGUCCAUUCGUCCCUCUUUCUCUCCUGGUUUCCUAUACGUGACAGUGGAGGAGGAGGCGGUUUCUCGGAGCGGACUCUACGGAGCAGAGAUUGGUCAUUUCCGGGGGGGGGGGGGGGGGGCAGUGUUGGGGUUGGGAGACUGGUUUACCGGGUUCUGCCGCUCUUUGGGACUGAAAAGGGGAGCGGGAAAUUAUCGUACCUCGGGGGCGUGGGGAGGUGGGGAAGUGUCCAUGUUCCACGAUUCUAAGGGUCAUUAGAGAAGUGAAGCCUCUGCUCUGAAUCAAGCCAUCCUAAUUAAACAAGCCAAAUAAAACAGAAGUUGUUGGGGCAGCGAACAACCCGCUGGAGGAACCCAACGGGUGGAAUAGCAUCUGUGGGAGGAAAGGGGUUGUCGACAUUUCGUUAUCAACAAUUAUCAACUGACUCCUGAUACAGGGUUUCGACAUGUAAAACCGACAAUAUAUUCCGCACCCCCCCCCCCCCCCCACACACACACACACACACACACACAGAGUUGAGCUCCUCCGGCAGUUUGUUGCUCCGGAUUUCAGCAUCUGCAAACUCUUGUGUCUUUGAUGUCGUUGGGGAUCUGAAAGGGUUAACAGAAUGACCUCUAUUUUCUGGAUUUCCCAUUGGGAAUAAGAAGGAACGGUCCUCCUACUUACGUCAGAAAGUUCGGGCCGGGGGCUCGGGAACUAGGUUGAAAACGGACUGGCUGUUGAGGCCCUAGUUACUGCGGAACAGCGGCGGAGUUUGUCUCUCCUUGAGGCCGGCUCUUACUCAGCGCCACGCGGCACAUCCCUCUGGUCCGGCGGCGCCGAUGUGGGAUCCCCUCAGCGAUGACUCUCUUCCCCGGCACCGUGCGGAAGUCCAGAUCUUGGGUCCGUUCAGCUCUUGGAUAGCGCUCUCUCGCAGCAUCCUGGCAAGUCACAGGUAGCGGGGGCAGAGGCUGCCCAUCACGGCACCGGGAUCCCGCCCUGGCAGCAUUACUCCUGGAUAAGGAAGGGACUCACGGAAGAAAAUCUCAUAACCUCUAGAUAUCAACAAAAAAAAAGGACAGAAAGACGCAAAGCGCGAGGAGGAGAACUCUUGAAGUCCUUGGAGCCAAACUUACAUUAUCCAACUUGCAUACACCCAAAAUUUCCCUUGAUCUGAAUGGGGAAUUUGGAGAUUUGAAAGGUGAUCCCGACUAUUGCGCACCUGUGGUUAAACGACAGCCACAAGGAAACACCAUUGCCCGGUGUGAAGUCAGGACUAUGCUGCCAGAAUGUUGGCCAGGAAGAGCAUCAUCCCAGAGGAGUACGUCCUGGCCCGGAUCGCGGCUGAGAACGUCCGGCAGCCCCGCUAUACGAUACGUCCUCGCCAACCCCGCUUCAUUAACAAGAACGGAGCUUGCAACGCGGCGCAUAAGAAUAUCCAAGAGCAAGGUCGCUUCCUGCAGGAUGUCUUCACCACCCUGGUGGACCUGAAGUGGCGCUACACCCUUUUCAUCUUCACCAUGUCCUUCCUCUGCAGUUGGCUCCUCUUCGCCAUGAUGUGGUGGCUGGUGGCUUUCGCACACGGGGACCUGGACCACAGACAGAGCGCGUCCUUCGAGCCGUGCGUCACCAAGGUGAGAUCCUUCACCUCGGCCUUCCUCUUCUCCAUCGAGGUGCAGGUCACCAUCGGCUUCGGCGGCAGGAUGAUGACCGAGGAGUGCCCCAUGGCCAUCACCGUGCUCAUCAUGCAGAACAUCUCGGGGCUGAUCAUCAACGCCGUCAUGCUGGGCUGCAUCUUCAUGAAGACGGCUCAGGCUCACCGGAGAGCGGAGACGCUGAUCUUCAGCCGGCAUGCCGUGGUCUGCCUGAGGAACGGCAAGCUCUGCUUUAUGUUCAGAGUGGGCGACCUGAGGAAGAGCAUGAUCAUCAGCGCCUCCGUCCGGAUGCAGGUUGUGAGGAAGACCACCACCACCGAGGGAGAAGUUAUCCCCAUCCACCAGAUCGACAUCCUGGUGGACAACCCCAUCGACAGCAACACCAUCUUCCUGGUGGCGCCGCUCACCAUCAGCCACGUUAUAGACAAGCGGAGCCCUUUCUACGAGAUCUCGGCCAGUGACCUGCAGCACCAGAACCUGGAGGUGAUCGUCAUACUGGAAGGCGUGGUGGAGACCACUGGCAUCACCACCCAGGCCAGGACGUCUUACAUCGCCGAGGAGAUCCUGUGGGGCUACCGCUUCGUCCCGAUCGUGACCGAGGAGGACGGUACCUACUCGGUGGAUUACUCCAAGUUCGGCAACAGGAUCAAAGUGGCAACUCCUCGCUGCACGGCCAGGGAGCUGGAUGAGCAACCCUCCAUCCUGAUCCAGACCCUGCAGAGGAGUGAGCUCUCGCACCAGAACUCGCUGAGGAAGCGGAGUUCCAUGAGGCGAAACAACUCAAUGAGGAGGAACAACUCGUCCCUUCUGAUCCCUAAAGUCCAAUUCCUUACUCCCGAAGGCAAUACUGAUGCUGCUGACUCCGAGUUUAACUGAUGCAACCUCAGCAUUGCAGAAUUCACUGCUGACUUCAGAUCUCCAACUACGAGCAAAUGAACAAUUAUGCCACAUGGAAUCUUUGCCACUCUCCGUUCACCUUGAUUUAACCAAGGAACACACCAAACGCCGGAGGAAAUCAACAAGUCAGGCGGCAUUUCUGGAGGGGAUUCGGCAAUCGACAUUCGGAUCGAGAUCCUUCAGCCGAACUGAUGGAACUAAAUGUGACUCAGUAAGAACGGUUCAGUACCAACCUCUUUGUUUUUGCCCUUUACUAUUGAAAGUGACAUCGUUUUAUCAAAUUAUUAGAGCCUUUGAUGUUUGUCAACAGUUGCACAUUUGAACUUUGAUGUUUACAGUACACUAGUUCACUUGAUUUCGCAGUACAACGGCACUAUAAGCACUAACAACACGGGCAGGGACUGUGAUACAUAUGCAACAAACACGAGAAGCAGGAGGAACUCGGCAGGUCAGGGAAAGGGACAGUCCCCGUUUCCAGUUAUAUUGAUAACGGUGGCAAUUAUGAAACUCACUGUUCCAACUCCCCACUCUUUCCCACAGUGGAUGCGCGAGGACCAGGAGAACUCACGAAGACCUGCCUGCAUGCACUGAGUUAAAUUAAGCUGAUUUAUUAUUGUCAUAUUUGAUGAAGUAUAGUGAAAAUCUUUGUUUUGCAUUCUUUCUGUAUAGAUCACACGAGCGUUUCUCUCUCCUGCCAACUUUGAUUUUGGCCAAGGUAUUCUACCCAUUUAACCAUUACCAUUCGGUUUUAAGAUUGUCUGGAAAACUAGUGUUUGGUUUGUGUAAUAGAUUUUACACUCUAGUGUAAAGUUCCCUCCCUGCCCCAAGAGUUGCGGACUACAAUCCUAAAUUUAUAAUUCCAUGCUUUUCUAUAAAACUACCUAUCAUGCAGCACCGUAUAAAGUGCAGAUUGUCAAAGUUAAACUCAAGUUUAUAGUUAUAUGCAUCAAGUACACCCAUGCCCAGGUGACAGGAGAAACUCACCAGCAGCAGCAUCACAGGCAUAGAACAAAGGAUAAGCAGCAUUCACAAAAAAGAGAAACAAGAUAAACAUGAACAAUUUUUACAACAAAGAACACAAUUCAAACAAAAAGCAAAAUCCAUUUUAGUGUAAAAUACUAAAAGUGAUCAGAAUGGUGCUGAACUGUACUGAUUAGGAUUAUGCAGGCUGCUUCUAGAGUGGAAUGGUUGAAGGGAAGUAACUAUUCUUGAACCUAGUGGUGUAGGUCCUUGGGUUUCUGCACCUCUUGCCAAAUAGCAGCUGUGAGAAGACAGAAUGGUCAGGCUGGUGGGGACCUUUGAUAGACAGAUAGAUAGAUAGAUAGAUAGAUACUUUAUUGAUUCCAAAGGAAGUUACAGUAUCACGUGGAUUACUAGUGCAUGGUUAUACAAAUAUAGAAUAUUAGAAGAGAAGUAAGAGAGAAUAAAAAAAUAAGUUGCCUGCAACAGUCUAGCAGAAGGGGGGUCAUCACUUCCCCAGCUAUAGGUUGACUCAUGGCCGGAGUAAGAAUGAUGGAUUUUGCCUUCUUGAGGCAGAGACUUGUAGAUAUUUCUGAUGGUGAGGUAGGCUCUGAACACUCCUCUCUGCAUAUUCUUAUAUUCAUGCAUAUUGGAAAUGAGCAAGCAACAUGCAUGUGGUCCAUAUUCAACCCCACCACCCCUGUGCUUAAGGGGGUUGAGGGGGAAGAGUGGAAUUUCCCAUAGUUUUUUUCUGCUUUGGGCUUCAUUUAAUUCCCAGUUCAGAGUUGAAUGAAAAGUCCAAGCUGACACCUGAGUCCUGAAAUAUUUCACAAUUGAGACACCUUCUUUCAGAUGAGCUUGUGUCUACCCUAUGCUAUUAUUCUGAACAAAAGUAGAUGAUUUAUCCCUAAUAUCCUGGUUGAUAUUUAUUCCUCAAUCAUUAAUUUUAAAAAUGUGUUUUUUUCAUAUUGAAAUUUGUGGGGUCUUGGAGUAGACAAGUUGUUGUCAUGCUUCCUUAGAAGGAAUACACAUCCAAAGUGUGAAUUGUUUUUAGCUUGGGCUGGGAUAUGAAAGACACAACAUGGAAGCAAGUCCAUUUAAUUGCACUGCAAAAUCUGUGACAAUCUACAUCCUAACUGUGCUCAGUUACCCAGACUAGAGUUUACAAGUUUUUGUUGAUUUUACUACAUAAAGGACUUUUUUUAAAAAUUCAUUCUUGAUUGAGAAAUAAAUAUCAGCCAGGAUAAGAGGGAUAAAUGGUAUACUUUUGUUCAGAGUAAUAGCAUAGGGUAAUUAUAUGCACUGAAGGGAUAAAUACACCUGUACAAACUUAUCUAAAAGAAGGUGUCCGUACAGUCUGCAUACCUGGGUUAACCACUUGGCCUACACACAUCUGCAUUUAACUGGGGCACAAGUAGGGGGUCUUUCUCUUUGACUCUCUCUACUCGAGAUACCACUCUGUUCAUCAGGAGGCCAGUUUGGAGGACUGCCCAUGACUGUCUGUGACAGAUGGCAAAGCAUAUGUGAAACAUUGCCAGUUGGGAAAGUCAUAGUCAUAGAGCUCAGCAAGAGGCCAUUCAGCCUACUGAACCUGCACGCACUCAUUUACAACAAUCCUACACUAUUUCUAGUUUAUUCUCCCGGUUUCCCAUCAGUUUCACCAGAUUUUACUACUCACCUAUACAGGAGGGGCUAUUUGAGGUGGCCAAUUAACCCUCCAACCUGCAGUCCUUGGGAGGUGGGAGGAAACUCAUGCAUCUGCAAGAAACCCUAGGGAGAACAUGCAGACUCCACACAGACAGCACUGGACAUCAGGAUCGAACCUGUGAGGCAACGGCUCCACCAGCUGUGCCGCAGGGCUGUACUGUUAGCUUUGAGUGUCAGCUUUUGAACUGUUGAAAGUUCAGACAUUGAAAACUACUGACAGAAGUAAAUAAUUAAAUAAACCUUUAGAACCAUAAACAUACACCAAAUGCUCAUAAAUCAUAUAAUUAAAUAUUUAACAAGGCAAAAUAUUUUUCUCCUUAUUAGUUCCUUUGUAUAUUAUAUCCUACUCUUUUGCCUCCUAUUCCUUGGCUCUACAAUCCCCUUUGAACAUAGUGGGAUCUGGAACUGAACUGCUCGAUUUGACUGGGUGCAGCUUCUGGAGUCAUAGUGUCAUUCAGCACAGAAACAGGAUUUUCAGAUCAUAAGAUCCACGUUAAUCAUCAAGCACUCAUUUCCCCUAAUUAUACAUCCAUCCCAUUAUUUCCCUUGUCCAACGAUUCUCCAGUGUAAGCUGGGAAAUUUCCCAACAACCCCCCACCCCCCCCCCCCCCAUCAUUAUUGUCCAAUUAAAUCUGUCAGCAAGUUACUGCCUUAUUGGGACACGUACACAGAAAUCUGAGACUUCAGUUUUAGUAACCAGCACAGGUGGCAUUUGUCAGUGUAAUCCGGACAUUUAUGUUAGCAAUGCAAAUUAAAUUCCGACAUGCUCUUCAAUUUAUUUACUUAGUAAUGACCUGUUUUGCACACACCAUACAUAGAGAAAGUUAAUUUCCAUUAGUUAAUGCUGAUUAUUUUUAAAUAUCUGGAAUGUUACAGCAAAAUAUAGUGGGACAUAAUGGCUGCCAAACUGUAUCACUAGAAAUUUAUUGGAUUGGGGUGAUCAGUAACAAAGAUAGGGAGCAGUGGACAACUAGAUUAGAUCCCAGUUCACAAGAUCUAAUGGCUUCAUUUUGAACAACAGCAUACCAGUAUCCGCUAGUCACCUUGCUCAAUAUAGAUAUCUGGUCAGUACCUCAUUCUGGGUAUGUGGAAUUUCAUUGCAUGCAGAUUAUCUGCCCCUCUUCUAAGCAUGUGUGGUGAACUAUGUGCCUGUCGGGACACGCCCCCUGCUGACUGCUCCUGUGGCUCCUCCCACAGGCCCCUGUAUAAAGGAGAUCUGAGGCCUGACGCUCGGCCUCAGUCUCCAGGACAUUGUAUGAUAGACACUCACUCCUGGUUCCUUCUUCCAGUCAAUAAAAGCCGAUAUCUCGCCUUACGUCUCAGUGUGAGUUAUUGAUGGUGCAUCAGCAUGCCAGUAGCGUUUCAAUGUCUAUGAAAUACCUUGGUCACAUAUAUAGGCACUCAAACAUUCCGUACCCCUCCCAUUCAAUUCAGAACCACUUUCUGGCUCAAUCUCCAUAUCUUCCCACUUCUUAAGAAUAACACAUUCCAGCAAGCUCACCUUGAAUAUACAGUAUUAAUGGCUAAGUACCCACAGCCGAUGGAAGUGGAAAUUCUAAAAGCCCACUAGUCUCUGCAUAGAGAUGUUUAUCUUCAUUUGGAGCUUUAACAGACUAGCUCUUUCUUCUCUAGUUGGAAGAAAAAAUCUCUUAGCAGUUAUGAUGUUGAGAUAAUACUUGAUAUCUGAAAAAAAUCACCUUCCACUCUUCUAAGCUCCAAUAUGUAUAUAUUAAUGUUAUAUAUCAAGGAUGUAAGGAAAGCUGUAUCCCUGUUAUGAAGCCUCUAUCUUGUCUGUUCUUACAUCUUAUGAAAAUAAAGAACAUUGACUCAAAAUCUGUU